ACCUCCAAAACUCACCAUCUCUUUCAGUCUUCGCCACUGUUACUCCUCUGCUUCUACUCUAUAGUCUUAACUCUACUGUGCUUUCCCUUCAGCAAUGGCUUCUCUUUCAGCAACCAAGGUUUGCAAAUUUUCGUUCUUCGCCAUUCUUUUCCUGACCACCGUAGCUACCGUCUCUGUGUCUGCUGUGGAGUUCUAUGUCGGAGGUAACAGGGGUUGGGUUAAACCCACUGGAACCGAGACCGAGACCUACGAAGAAUGGGCCAAUCAGAACAGAUUUCACGUCGGAGAUUCCCUCUAUUUCAAGUACCAAAAUGAUUCCGUGCUUAUGGUGAACUACAAAGACUACAAGAACUGCGACGUUUCGAAUCCGAUAUCCAAAUUUAACGACGGGGAGACAGUUUACAGAUUUGAUCGUUAUGGUUUCUUCUACUUCAUCAGUGGAGAGCCCGGGCACUGCAAAUCCGGUCAGAGACUUGAUAUUAGGGUUAUGGUUCACCCUCGAAUAGAGCCAACCGGUUCGGCUCCCUCGCCAGGAUCAGGCAGUGGUGGAGCCGGUGGUGGAACAGGUGGUGGCGCCGCUGCAGCACCGGCUACUCCAAAUUCUACAGUUAAACUCGCAGUUGGAUCUUAUUUCAAGUCUGCCAUUGGGGGCAUGAUUGUCUUUUUCUAUUGUUUGUUUAUGUAGGAAUUUAGGAUUCAUGGUAGGCUCGUAGCUAGUUUCUUUCAUGUUACUUCGUUAGUUUUUUCAUUUCUAUUGUAUUCUUUCUCAUUUAUGAUUUGACAUUGAAUUGAGAUGAUCAUUUCUAUAUUUGUUUAA